AACCUCAUCACUAGCAUCACUGUCAUCGGACAGAUUCAAAUACAGAUUAUCGGAAUGAAAUGAUUUUUUUGUAUACAUUGAAGAUGAAUAUAUGGCUUACAAAACAUAUGUAACAUUGAGCGGGUACAGUGAUAGACAGUUGAACGUGGAGCCAUAGCAAAUGCAAUUAAAUACCCGAAUUGUUAUUUUUUAUUUUAUUUUAAUUGUCAGCAGUUGAAAUUAAUUCAUUAUAUUGCCCAGUAAAAUUUAACACUACAAUACUUUAGUGCAUUACGUGAUACAACACCAAGUCAAUUUGUUAGUUGCAGAAAAAGUGUAGACUUUGUUAAUAAUUCUGAAAUGAACAGCACAUUGAUCAAAUGUAUCAUCACGUAUUACAAUUUAAAUUGUACUACACCACAUUUAUCCUAUACACACGGUUUAGUGGUGCAAGGAGUUUUAUUAUUUUUUAUUAUUUCAACAAUAUUAGGCAAUAUGCUUGUCAUCGCUUCUAUAAUGUAUUUUAAGCAAUUGCAGAGCCACACCAACAGUCUAACGUUAUCGUUGGCCGCAGCAGACCUGCUGGUCGGCUUGGUUGUCAUGCCCUUUAGCAUGAUGCGCACAGUGCAUAGCUGCUGGUUUUAUGGGGCAUUAUUCUGCAAGCUACAUUGCUCAUUGGAUUACAUUUUCUCCACCGUAUCCAUCCUCCACCUCAGCUGCGUAGCGUUUGAUCGUUACAUUGCAAUAUGCGACCCACUGCAUUACACUUCAAGAGUAACCAACAAUACCGUGGCGUUCAUGUUAAUUAUUUGCUGGACUUGUCCAUUGGUAUACUUUGCUCCGUUCUUAUUGGGCUGGAACAUCAUUGGCAUAGAGGAAAUGGUACAGAGUCGCAUCUGUGCAGAUACCUGUGCCAUCGUCAAGAAUGUAUGGUUUGCCUAUGUGGACACAUGCUGCGCGUUUAUAACUCCAAUGGCAAUAAUGAUAACGACGUAUGCCAAGAUCUAUCGGGUGGCACGCAGACAGGCACGGCAAGUCAGCGCUGCCAGUGUCGCCCUGCAGUUGAACGGGCACGAGAGGCAGCACCAGUGGGCCCUCAUGAAGCGGGAGCACAACGCCACCAAGACCCUGGGUAUCAUCAUGGGCGGCUUUCUGUUUUUUUGGUUACCAAAUUUCGUAGCGAGUUUAAUUGAUCCAGUUAAUGAUUUUCAGACAGAUCCUCUGGUUUGGAAUAUUGUAGUGUGGCUUGGCUACAUUAAUUCUACGAUAAACCCGCUUUUGUAUGCGUCAUUUAAUCGCCCGUUCAGAAAAGCUUUUAAAAUCAUGUUUAGCUUGGAAAUUACACAUUUAAGUACAAGAAACAAAGAUUUAGACUGACAUUGUGUUAAAUAUUGCUACUUCAUGUGAACGAGGUUCCGUUGUGUUUGUACACAUUUAAGUCGAAUAUAAUCUGUCAACCCGACUUUAGUCUCAUCCAUGCUGUGUACGAUCACCACACUGCAACACACAACACUGCUGCUUCUGCGUCUCGUCAUAUAUAUCUAUCCACUUUGCAAUUUCCUUCCAUUGCCUCUUUUCCCAAGCUCUUAUAAACUCGCAUAAUUCAAGAAACAUGUCAACUGUCAUCUAUUAUAACUUUGAUAGUGAUGUGUGUUGCUGGUCGCUUGACGCUCGGGGCCUGUUCUCAGCAACGGUGUUAAAAAUAUAUUUUAAAUUGGUCUUUGAGAAGAGAUGCUGGAUGGUCCUCAUCGAGGUCACACAAUUAUGCGUUCCUUAAAUGUUUAUAAAUGUCAAAUAAAUGUGAACAUUUUACUGUUUUCAACGGAAUUCACAAAUUCUUCGCACACGAAGUCAA